UGCGUCGCAUGAUACCUACGUUCUUCAAAAAAUAAAUUAACUAGUAUUUUGAAAUUAAACUAUGUUUUUAUUACUUAGGUAGUGGUGCAUUUAAUAAAUGUUUUAAGAAAAUUCAAUCUACAUUUAUUAAAAAGUAAUUCAACAGUUACUGAGUUUAAAAAAUAUGCCGUGAAAAAUGUUAUGAUGGCUACGUUUGAAAAUAGACUCAGUCGAAGAAAAGGCAAACCUGGUGGUGAUUCAUUUAGGUUAGACACUAAAAAUAAAACACCUGAAGAAAAUAUUAUUGAUAUCAUUCAAGGUCUAUAUUUAAAAAAACACCAGGACCCUUCACCUACUACCAAGAGUGUUCCUACAGAAUUUAGGUCAGGUUUGCGGACUACUCAAAAAUGUAGCUCUGAAAGUAUUCGAGUCUCAUAUCUCACUGCAUUAGUUCAUUUAUGCAAAGAAAAUAGAAAUAAUUUAGGGUUUACAACUGAUGAGUUAAUGACAUGUAUUCGGGUCAGUUUAGUGGACGAGUCCAUGCUUAUGAGGGCAACAGCCUUAAGAGUGCUAAGAUAUCUGAUUCAAAAUGACAGCGAUGUUGCAACAUUUAAUACUCUGAAACUGCCAUACCUCAUAAUAAGAUCUAUGGACCUAAUGCUUCGCAAUGAAGAGGAACGCGCUCAAGCACUGCGAGUGGUUCGAAGAGUUAUCGCAGUGGUUGGGGGAAUAGAUCAGUCUAUGAAGCGAUAUCGAGCGGCUCAUAUCGACGAAGGGCUUCUUCGGUGUCUUGCUUCUGUUGCUCGCGCGGGCAGCGCGGGCGAUGGCUCCGGUGAUAGAUUGUCAAGACCCGCAAUUGCUACACUUGCUGAAAUAUGUGUAUUAAAUCCGGAUCUAUUUAUAUCCUGUGGUGGUGUGACGGCAGUAACAAGACAUUUGGCCGAAUGUGCGACACCACGAAUGGCUGAAGCACUCUGUGGAGUAUUAUUACAUAUACUAAAUGAUCCAAAUUCAAGAAAUAAUGCGAGAGUCGAUUUGACUUGCCUUAAUUCUCCGUACUGCGACUUCCAUUUUAGACCGGCUGGGAAUGAUACUAGCAGAGAUGAACGCGAAAUGCGUUUUACAUGCAGUCGGCUAGCGUUAUUAUGCGUUUUGCGAAGUUGGCCGGGGCUCUUGCAUUUUUGUCAUCCGCAAGCAGCCGGAGGCUUGAAGGCAUUGGUCGCAGCUCUCUAUCUACCACGGUUAGAGGUCCGAAAAGCCAUCCUAGAUCUGCUGUAUGAAUUAGUGGGAUUGCGUCAGCCUGAGUGGACUGAUGAGAUUUCCGUUGCCUUGGAUGCUGUGGAUCCGUCAGAUUUUCAGGACUCGUGGCGUCUAAACGAAGACUUUGUAGCGGCCGAAGGGGUAUCAAUUCUCCCUCAUUUGGGCGCAACUGGACCCGAUAUAAUUGAAAUUCAUCUUGCCCUUUUGCUUCAGUGCUUUCUAGAGGCUGGUCUCUUGGACGGUUUAGCUGAAGUAAUUGUGACAAGUGAUACAUUUAUCUCGGUCCGGGCGACUGUAUUAUUAGGUCAACUAUUACACUUAGUCCACAUCUUGAUACCGCCUCAAAUAUGCAACAUAACACCAGCACUUCCCUCACUGGUAUCACAGGCUUCAGCUGGAAAACCUCAAGCAUUAGCAGCGGUCGCAGCGUUGCAAAGGCUGCAUUCUAUGCUAGAAGCCCGACCUGCCAGCAACAGUCUCUUCCUAGACCACAUCAUCAAGUACUGCAGCGGAGCAUAUAGACCGAAAAUAGAUGUAUCCAAGAGUAGAAAAGAGAAGAACAACGCCAGUAUGAAGCCCAGAUAUGCCGAGAAGGAUAGUAUGGAAUUUCUGAACGACUCGGAUGAAGGUGAACCGAAGCGGCAUAGUGUUGGAUCUAGACCGGAUGUGGCGUCCAGGAAUGUUAGUGCGUUAGUGAAGAGUAAAAGUGUUAGUUCUCGGACUAGUGCCGCAGUGAGUAAAGUGACUAAAUCGGCUAAGUUUUUUAGCCUGUUCGAAAGGGAUAGUGAUAAUUUGAUUAGGUCAUCGCUUGUUAUGCAGAAUAAGGAUGGGAAUACGUGGAAUUGGGAGGUUAUACGGACGGUUUUGAAGGAGUCGGACACAAUUAUACUGAAUCUAAACGACAGUGGCCACAAGGCGUGGGCGGGUCGUAUCAUAAACUAUUUGAAGCCGUCCUCCAACAAAUACUCACAUACAGACUUGUCAACCAACUGCAACGGACAUUCAGCCACUCGAGCCGGCUGUCAACUGAUAAGGCAUCUUUUAAGGCAUAAUGAUAUGGAUUCCCAAAAGUUCCUAGAAGAGUUGUUCAACGACGUAAGCCAACAGAUAGAAGCUAUACAAACAGGGAAGAAGGCGCACGAGUGCCUCUUCAGUCCCCAACAUAUGUGUAACACUAUGUGCCAAAUGUACUUUCUGUUCAUCGGCCAGUUAUGUCACUCCAAUACCGGUUUACGUGUGUUCAAGAUGUCCAAAUUGUAUGAGAAUCUCUUGGAUUUAGCGACAAAAACACAUCAUAGUUGCUACGUCAAACUGGUUAUAUCCAGUUUAGAUUAUACGCUAGACGCGAGUCCGAGAGAUAUUCUAGCGAAAACUUUGACGUGCAAUAACCAAGCAUCAAGGUUGUACGCGACACAAUUUUUAAACGUCCUCAUACGUGCCUCGAGAAAGUCUCGCGAUCUGAUCCGCAAGAAGACGAAGUUGAAAAAGAAUUUGCUCCAAGAUAUGUAUUCGCGUGAUGAGGAGUUCGAAGGCGUCGAUAUGGAUACGUGGGUGCUUCAGAUGUUGGUUGGGCAGAUUAAGGACGAGUCGAAGGUGGUUGUUAAAAAUGCCCUCGCUAUAUUGGAGGAAGCGUAUACAGUUCCUAUUUAUCAAGAAAAGCUUAUGUCAUUACGAGACAAAUUGGGUGAAAACUGUCAAUUGGAUCGAGACGGGGAAGCCAGAUGCGCGGAAUCGGGUCCCGGCGGCGACCACGCCUACUUGCUCUGGCUGGGCGUGCACAUGGCCGCCGCGAGACACGCCCCCCACGACCACGCCGUGGCGUUCAUACACAAACAUCUCAAUUAUUGGGAUAAGUCUUAUAAUUACAGGUAUGUACGCCUAGUGGAGGCCGAAGUACACGAAGCGUUAACAUUAAGCGAGGGUAUACGUAGAUCGCGCGGGACUCGUCGUUCCGCUCGUCCGCCACCGCAUAUACUCGCCGCUCUCGCUAUGCUCGCCGCGCCCGCUUCUGCCUCCGCUUGUGUUGCGGCUCCACCCUUUGCCCGACCGUUGUUGGCCACUGCAUUACCUUCGCAUUAUAAGACUCUACAGCGCAAAAACUGCUCAAACGAGCAAGAAGUGAUGGAUUUGAAAGCGUCUCUAUGGGCAGUGGGCAACGCUGCUAUCACACCUCACGGCCUACAAGUUCUAAUGGGCCUCACUAAUAAUCUUCUAGAAGAUUCUGUGCCCGUACAUGUGGUACAAUUAGCGAAAUACUGCCCUGUAUAUUCAGUCCGUGCGACCGCAUUCUACGUUUUGGGACUUAUUGGCAGUACAUAUGAUGGUGCUAACAUGCUUUCGGAAUUAGGAUGGCUCUGCGUGCGUCACACGCGUCAUGACCAAUUCCCCGUAAUCGCUGACGAGAAUUACCUCCAGCGGAGCGAAAAGGGCUUUUUCGUGACGUCACCCCAACGAAACUUCGACAUUGACCUAAGCGAGCACUCCGACCAAAGUACGGCGGAGAGCUAUUCAGAAACCAGACUCAAUCGAACUCUAGGAGCCUCCAUCGACGAACGAGACGUGGUCGAUCACAAAAUGGGCUACGAAUCGGACAAGAGGAAAUCUCAAACUCUUCCCACCCAGGGUUGUUCCCACGAGAGGUCCCUAACGGAGUCCCGUACUGUGGACAUUUUGAGGGAUUGUCCGACGUACGAACGCAGUGGCAGGAUGCACAUGGAGAACAGGCUGUUGGGGAGAAUGAACUCGCUGGAACAUGAAGGGAGAGUUCGGAAUACGAGCGAGAGUAGCACGAGCGGUGUGAGCAGCUGUGACUCGUUUUUGGGCAAAUAUGCAAUUCCGGAUCGUGUGCUGACUUUAAGUCCUAUACCCAGUUCGUCAAGUCUGUAUGGCAUGAAAGGCACGACGACCACUCAUAGGCCGCGACUGCAAGAGACUCAACGACGGAUUUCUACCUCUAGUUUCACUGCCCCCGAUGUGGCCAGCUCUCCUCCGAGCCAGAAGGAUAUGAGUGGAUAUGCCACAAUUCAGUCAUUGAACAAACAUAGACGGCCUCACGUAUCAGAAGGUGCAGCUACAAGCUCCAGCGACAUUGAUGAAUUGGUGUGGCUGUUACCCGACUUUAAUAGACGAAAGCCGAAUAAACCCUACUCCUCUGUCAGGGAACGGUCCAAGUCUUAUAGAGAGAAGAUGGCGAAGAUCAGUAUGGUAGAAGAAGACUGGCGGCCAUUGUGUCAAGCGGAGGCAGAACGGGCGAGGGACGGACGGAAUAGUUGCGGACAAGUUGUUUUGUCUGCACCUGACAUUCCACCACCUCACUAUAUGGCUAUAUGUCUACCGAGGGAUCUUGCACAGUUGUUCCCAGUAGAGGAAACAAAAGAUGAGAAUGUUGAAAGUGAAAAAUCGCGUCCUCGACUACCCUCUUUUGCAGAAAACGUCGAAAAGCGAGUUACACCGGAUGUAAAUAAAGAUCCCACAGAUAAGAAAGCGAACGAAAACGAUUACGACGAUAGUUACGUGAAGGACCUCAGUGCGAGUACGUUAGUGACAUCGAGUGCACGUCCCGGGAAAUGGAAGCACGGGGCAAGGGACUGCCUUGCAUGUGUCAGAACUCGGCCUCCAUCCUCUCAUGAGUUGAGAGAAGCAUUUUUUGCGGAGUUGGAAGGUGCGAGUGGGGAUGGUACUGACAGCCCAUCUCCCAUGGAAACCAUGCCCCAAGCGCAGCUCCUACACCACGUCAUGUAUAUGUCCAACCCUAUUCACCUCAGACAGUGCCGCUCCGCCCUACUAUCUCUAAAACAACGUCACCCGGAGAUAUUCCGCAGUGCGUGCGUGUAUUCUGACGUUUGUGGUGCGCUAUCUCGCGAUACAUAUAUGUUGUGCGCCCGGCGUUUCUUGCAAGAAUUGUUCUUAGAUACGAGUUUCGAAUGCUUCAGUAUGGAUUUGGCCACGAUAUUAGCGAGACAUAUACCCACCAAAAUUGAUACAUAGUGAAGGUAGGAAGAUUAUUUUGUGACCUACCGUCAUUUUUAAAAACGAACGUCAAAUUUUCUUUGUGGUUCAAAAUUUAGUGAUUGCGAUUAUUUACCAUGGCUAAUUUAAUAGGUAUCCUCAAGGCCCUUAUUUCGCAAAGUAAUAGUUAAUCUAAUCUUGAGCAGUGUCAAGUUCCACAGAGAAAUGUACUCAUCUUGAGUAUAGUUGGUUUGCGUUUGGGAAAUUUUACAAAUUGUUCAGUUAUUCCAAUAAUCAUGAAUCAUGUUCCUGAGUUUUAGACUGAUUUUUCAUUUAAAAAUGAACCUUAAGUUAUUUAUUGUCAUAACUUCUGAAUGAAAUGAAUAUGUAACAAAAAUCUCGUUACUUUUAUAAAUAGUAGAAAAAUAUUACAAUUAUUCUAAAUCUAUGUCGCAGUCUAAACUAUGGGUAAGGAUCAGAAACGAGGCUUGCGUAACGUUUCCGGUAUGUCAAAGUCAAAAAUGGAUUUGGACAGCCCUGUCAGAAUAAGUACUCGUUUUUGAAUAUUACUGUAAAAACUUCAAAAAUUAAUUAUAGAUUACAAUUUACACGAAGGAAAAUUUUGUGAGACUGAGUCUGUAGGAGUCUAUUUCUUAUGUUUUUUUUUAUCAUAUUUAAGAUAACGGGAUUUUUGUUUCAUACACAAACUUGUUCAUAAAAAACUAAAAGCCUCAAAUAGAUAUUAUUUGUCCUUAUUAGUAUCAUAUGUGACAAAACAUUAUUUAAGUAAUUGAGGUUUAUAGUGUAUUUAUGACAAACAUAUUCUCCUUGUGACGUUCAUUGAAAAGUAGGUAUUAAAGGUAUAUAAAUACGCCUUAUGUAAAUAGUUAAAUAAGCUUCUAUGUAAUCAUAGGUAACUAAUAGGCUACGAUGCUUGGGUUUUAUUUAUUUCGUUAUUUAAUGCUAACAAGGUGUACGUUUUUGUGUAGUGCGAGUGAUUAUUUUCUCAAUAAUAUCAUAGUAUUAGUGCCGUCGCGAAAUCGAUUUUUUGACAAUAUUGUAAAGUGAGUUCUGAUUAAUUUACAGCAGUAAUAUAAUAUUUACAUUCUGCAUCCUCUAAUCUAAGUAAUUUAUCCCACCAGGGGUCCUAGACAUCACGCAAUUUAUGCGAUAGCGGGUCACGCUUGUCGCAAGAAACAUUUGUCUAGGGCCUCCAAAUGUCUUGUUAUUCCACAGAUACGUAGCUUAAAUGCGUAUUCGUCGAUUCGUAUUUAAAAUUAAUAUUUACCAAUCCAUGAUUAUUGAAAACCUUAUUAUCUGUAUUGUUACAAUUUUUAGUCUGUAUUACGAGUUUUGUAUACACCAUUUGUAAAUUGACGAAUGUCUGUUUAAUACGUUAUCUGUGGUCAAUUGAUCUUAUAAACAAACGAUAUGACGCCAUUGUGUUCAAUUUUUUAACUACCGUGCAUUUAUCCGUUUAUUGUUAAACUCGAUAACAGUAGGGUUAUUCAUUACUUUGGAAUAUUUGACGAAAUUGGAUUGGCGAUAUUGAAUACGUCUACCGCUAAAUACCUUUAUUAAGGAUUAUUUAAAGUGCCAAUUGCUCGAAUGUUCUGUCAAUUGUAAAAUCUGUCAAAAACAUUCAGUCAUACUUUGAAUCGCGCUACCAAAGUUAUUCCGUCAGUGGUAAGACUGCUCGAGAAUCCUUGCUUUGGUUUGGAGGAAACAGGACCAACUUGGUUCCUCCGCGAUGGGAUUCCUUAAAGUUGUCUUUGACCGAGUGUCAGAGACAAGUUCAAGAGCGAACUAAGUCUCGCACCUGUCAUGGAGUCACACGAGUUUGACAGAUGGCAGAGUUAGUUCGCGCUUAGAUGUGUCUCUGAAUCUUUUUCUUAUUACGUUCAAGAUGUUAAAUCAAUUCCAAAUGUAAAGAAUCACCUUAAUGUUCACGUUAUUUAAUAAAUAAUUAUAACUAAGUAUUAAGUGUAGAAUAAACUUCAGGUGUCAGUACCUAUCACGAGUGUAUUACAUAAAGGAAAUUGUACAUAACAGUAUUUCCAAUAUAGAACUGACAAGAUAGAAUAAAGUUGACGUAACUGCAUUUAUCCUAGACACAGGCUAUAAGAAAAUUUGUUAAAUACUACAAUAAUCUACGAUAUCAUAUUGUACGAACAACGUACGUUUGUUUAUUUGUCCUAUUUGAAAUAUAUAUAGCGCUAGUCUGCAUAACUAAAAUCAUAAUUUAAGUUGCCUGUUAAAAGUGAAUAGAAUCCGAAUCAUAACAAUAGUGCCAUUCACCUGGUUCCUUUUAAUAAUAAUUCGAAAAUCAAUCGUUAUUAAAAUACUACUUAGUAAUUAGCCAUUCUACAGUUUAUCAUUAUAAUAUAAUUUUAUACUACCCAA